AUGAGCUCUCAAGAUGAACCACCUGUGAAGAGACGUGAGUCUCGAUCGGGGACAAGGAAAGUCUCGACCCUGUCACUGGAACAACUGGAGCGGAAGCGUGCCAACGAUCGAGAGGCUCAGCGCUCCAUCCGUCAACGCACGAAGGAGCAUAUAGAACAACUUGAAGCUCAGGUCGCCACCCUCCAGUCACAAAUUGCAGAGAUGCGGCCCCAAAACGAGCGGUUCCAUGAAGUCAUGCAACACAAUGCCUUUCUGGAGAAUGAAGUGAUCCGGUUGAAGAAUCAAGUUGCUUCUUUGACCGGCCGACCGGAGUUUGCAUCAAAUAACCAACCGAUGGGUCCGGUUCGAAGCGGAUGGUCGGAAGAAGCCUCAGAUAGUGCAUUAUCGGGCAUCCCAACAACGGGGGCAUUGCUACCGCCACACUUCACUGCAACAUCUCACACUCAAAGACCCCCGGGCCAUCCAGGGCCCCGUCGGGCGUCCCAUCAGAAUGAGUGGCAACAACCAUAUCUGUCCACAAGAUCGCCGUCGCUCGGUGCAACAUCCAACCCGGAAUUUCCUAAUCGAAUCGAGCCGUAUCUCGUGGAUGGCCAGAUGAAUCAAGGACGGCCUAUCUGCCCACCCCAGCAACAAUCCGAAUCCUCUUUCUCCCAGUUCACUUACGGCAAUCGGUCACUUUCAAUGUCGAGUGCAAGUCCCAUUCCUCAACCAAGUCCUACCCCAGCUUACCAACCCUCCACAUCAUCGUACCCGCAGCCAAUACCUGAAUCGCAGCAGACGGAUCCGACAUACGAGUAUUCAUGGGCACCUCCGUCUUGA